AUGGCGGUGAUUCUGAUUCGGUCGGUUAACUUGACGACGAGCAGAAGAAGCUCUUUUAUAGAGGAUGGAAAGUCAUGCCCUUUAUCAUUUGGUAAUGAGACGUUUGAGAAGAUAGGGAUAAUCGGGACAUUAUCAAACCUUCUAGUGUACCUAACAUCAGUAUUGAACCUUAAGAGCGUUACAGCUGCAACUAUCAUCAAUGUCUUCAGUGGCUCUAUCAACUUCGGCACUUUCCUCGCUGCUUUCCUCUGCGACACUUACUUUGGCCGCUACAAGACUCUCAGUGUUGCUGUUAUCACCUGUUUUCUGGGAAUCACUUGUGAUACUACUGACUGCUGCAGUUCCGGGACUGCACCCUAUUUUCCUUGUGGAACACAAAGUUCGUGCCAAGGCCCAAGCGGGGGGCAGAUUGCUUUUCUGCUGAUGGGUUUAGCGCUUCUCGUGGUAGGUGCUACCGUGCUGGUGGCAUCAGGCCGUGUAACUUGGCGUUUGGUGCUGACCAAUUCAACCCCAAGUCAGAAUCUGGAAAGAAAGGAAUUAACAGCUUCUUCAACCGGCACUUCUUCACCUUCACGUUCGCACAGAUCAUCUCGCUCACGCUAG